UCCAGCUGUUGAUGAAAUGGAUGCCGCAGCGAUGGCGGAUCCUCCACACGUUACGGAUUCCAAAAAGGUGGAGUAUUUCUCCUCUAUUAACUCCAUGGCCCGUAAGAUCAUGCAGGAGCGGGAGAAGAUAAAAGAUGGCUACGGUUCGGUGUGGGAUCAGAUGAGCCCGGCCGAACAGGACACAGCGAUAGAUGAGGGCAUUAUGGACCCGCGGAUUCGGGCUCGGUACGCUAUGCACCGGGUGGACAGAGAGGAAGUGAUAUGCUACCCAAAACUGCUGAUCCAGACCGGACAGAAGAUCGUACAUUUCGGAGAAGAGGACUUAACUUGGCAAGAUGAGCACUCAGCUCCUUUCUCUUGGGAGACCAAGAGUCAGAUGGACUUCAGUCUGAUCUCUGGUGCUAUAGAACCCAGUGUUCCCUCCUCAGGGAACGAAUCUAAACCCAAGACCUCUCAGAGUAGCAAGCUGCCCAGCAGUGACGAGUCUACUUUCUGGAAGAUCAGCGCUGAAAGAUCCAGACUAGAGGGCGAGAAGGCUGAAUUUCAGUCUCUGACACCCAGCCAGAUCAAGUCUCUGGAGAAAGGGGAGAAACCCUUGCCCUCGUACCUGAGGCUGGAGUCUGGGCAGAGGGAGACCGAGGAAGUCCAUGUCUUGCGUCCGGUUAAACAGAAAGCCCCCAAACCUCCAGCACCUCCGCCCCCCGUUCCCAUCAGCAUGACCCCAGUGGCGAUCAGUGUAACCCCAACACCUCCUGCUCCUGUGAGUGUGUCCUCCACAGAUGGAGAGUGGGAAAGGGCCCAGAGUACUCUUCCUUCUGUAAGUGCUCUGGAUGAUGUGUUCAGUCCUGGUCUGGUCACCAGGUCUUCCUCUCAGUCCAACAGCACAGCCAAAGAUGGCAACAAGGCAGAUAGCUCACCCACCUCCAGCCCUACCUUCUCACAGUUCAACACCAGCAGCAGUAUUCUGAAGACUGGAUUUGACUUCUUGGACAACUGGUAACACUUGAAUAUACCGAAGAACCCAUUCCAAGUAUCAGGACCUACAAGCAUCACAAACCCAACACUAGAGAACAGCUUCUUUUUAUAUCCUAAUUCUUUAGCAGUUUAUUUAGGACGCAUAAAUAUCUCAAAGACUCAAUUAAAAUAUUAAUCGGUCUAAUUCUAUCUUGCUGGUUCAAAGUUACAGGAUGCAUGAUAUCUUUACAAAUUAGAUUUUGAACUGAGCAUCUGUCUUUCCUAUUUUAUUUAGUUUUAUGCUUAGUAUGUACAAUUUUGUAAGUUUGGGAGACAGCUUUCACACUAAUCAAAAAAGCCAGGCUUAAUGGGCAACCAAACUUGGGGCCACAAAAAAAAACCUUUAGACUUUAGACCAUAAAGCCUGGCACUAAAGACUUUUAGUUUGAAAGCCACAUCACUCCCACUGGCCUACACUUAAUAUUAUUAUAAUCUAGACCUCAAUACUAGUGUUAAGAUGCUUCAUUGCACAUUUACUGAUGGCGACCUAAAUGAAACACCAUAGCAUAGAGACAACUUGCUCCUUGGUUGUUUUGUAGACUUUUUUUAUGCACACUACUUUCAUUGUAUGGUUUGACAUGAAUCAUGUACUUUUCAGACUUUGUCCCCAUUCUCCCUUCCUUUUCUUAUGAUAAAUGAAGCAAUAAUUUGGCCAUAAACUUACUCUAUGCAGGAACGCAAAUGCAGAAGUAAAUGCUUGGCCAAUGCUUUGCAAGAGCCUGUUCCAGUUAUACACAUAUAAUGUAUGGUCUUAUGUUAAGGUAUGGUCGCACUUGACUUUUUCAUUUACUUACAUUAAUCCACAUGAAAUGCAAGCUCAAAAAUUUCACAAACCAAGUUUGACCUGCAAAUUUGUAUAGCCAAACUAUAUAUAACCAAAAGAAGAUCUAUAUGUCACAGUUUUACUUUUUGUCUUAAUUAAAGAAACAAACAUCAAAGCUGCAUGGUUUGCAAAGUAUUCUUGCAUGCUCUAAGCAUAGUGUGACUGCAGCAUUUCAUGGCAUUAACAAGCCUCAGUACUCAAGGGGGCGAUCAUGUUACAUUCACAUGUUUGUGCCAUCAAACGAGAUGUAUUAUGCAGGUAGCUAACUAAAAACAUCCAACAGUUUUAACUUCAGCAAGAUUCUCAUUAAACUGAUAAGCUGUUGUUGUGACCUGAAAUUAUGUGUUGCUCGAAGCUUUUGUGCUCAUAUACUUCCAUAGAGUAUGUUUCAAGGAAUAAUUUUGGAGCCUUCGUGCGAGAUUUUGUUCAUGAACAAUAAAUGUGUGGUCUGGAGCCAGUCUUUAUACAUUGCCUGGCU